AUGAGGGCCAAGUUGGCCCAGCACAAUAAACCAAACAAAGAUGGUCCAAGUGGCGUGCAUGGAUUUCGAUCCCAUAGAUAUACAAAAAGAACUGGAUCCAUUAACCUAGCUAAUUAUAGUAAGCUCAAGUUGGAGGACAAGCACCGUGUUGGGGUGGAGAGGGAUAUGGAAUCCCCGAAAGAGAUUAGGAAAUUAGCAAGUUGGAUCGUGGCAUGUACUAGGAAAAUCAUGAAGCAAGACCCCAACUAG